CAAGGGAGGGAGAGAGCGAGAGAGCGAGAGAGUGAGACAGGGGAUCUGAGCGGUAAACGAUGGGCCUGCUAAUCGGAGAAUCGAGCGAUCGUCUCAGCGGCUAUCGGAGACCAUGGUUGCGCUGGCUGGGGUGGGUCAUCUUAGGCCUGCUGGUCGCCGGCUUCGCCAGACAGUGCACAUCGUUGUAUCUCAACAACAGCUCCCUCCAGCCCGUCGGGCCGUUGGAGGGGCCCCUGAGCGUGUUGCCCAGGGUACCGGAGACGUGCCGGCCCCACACCCACCUCAUGUUCCUGAAGACCCACAAGACGGCCAGCAGCACGGUCCUCAACAUGCUCUACCGCUUCGGUGAGGAGCACGGCCUCCGCUUCGCCCUGCCCAUGGGCUACAUGCUGGGCUACCCCUUCCCCUUCAACGUCCACCGCAUCAAGGGCUACCACGGCAACCGAGCCGCCAAAUACGACAUCAUGGCGAACCACUUGAGAUUUAAUAAGGAUGAGGUACAGAAGGUGUUGCACGAAGACACGUUCUACUUCUCCAUCCUUCGAGAGCCCCUGUCCCUGGCCAAGUCCUCCUUUGCCUACUUCCAUGACAUAUGCCCCACCUUCCGCAAGCUAGAGAGCCUGGGGGCCUUUGCGGACAACCCCGGUCGCUUCCACAAGGCCCAUCGCCGUAACUCCCACUACGCCCGCAACCUGCUGUGGUUCGACUUCGGCAUGGACCCCAACGCCAACGUGACCAAGGAGGUGGUGAGAGAGGGCCUGGUCACGAUACGCAAGAACUUCAAGCUGAUCCUGCUGUCGGAGUACUUCGACCAGUCCAUGGUGCUGCUGAGGCACGCCCUCUGCUGGCCGCUGGAUGCCGUGGUGUCCUUCACCCUGAACAAGGCCCACUACAGGCCGUCGACGGGCGGCGCAGAGGACGGCUUUGACAUCAGGCAGCCGGUGGUGAACAUGUCGCUGACGCCGGCGCAGCGCGAGAAGCUGCGGGAGUGGAACGCGCUGGACUGGCACCUGUACCAGUCCUUCAACCGCAGCUUCUGGGAGGACGUGCAGCGCUUCGGGCCGGAGCGCAUGGACCAGGAGGUGGCGCUGCUGCGGGCGCGGCGGGACCAGCUGGCCGGCGUCUGCCUGCUCAAAGCCGGGGAGCCCGUGGAGGCGCACCACAUCGGGAACGAAGACAUCCGGCCGUACCAGUGCGGCUCGGUGCGGGUCCUGGGCUACGAGCUGCGGCCGGGCCUGGACAGCGCCACCACCGAGGCCUGCCUGCGCCUCAUCCGACCGGAGAUCCAGUACAAGGACCUGCUGGACGCUAAGCAGUUCCCCCGGUCUCAGCCCUCCAUCAGGGAGCCGGCGAGGAAACUGGACGUUAAUGGGACGAUUGAAAAGUGCUAGGGUCACCCCGGAGUGCUGUGUGCCGCGGACAGUUGAGUUCUUACUAAAAAGGACGCCACUUUUGGGGGAUACGAUUAUUACAAUUUUUCCUUUUUCAGAUAUUAUUGGGAAUAUGCUUCUGAAUGAUAGCACACGUCUUGUUACAGAGCCACAUUCAGUCUUCGGAAGUUAGAAUCUUUGAUUUUCUAAAUGACAUUUACCAUUCCUAUUCCUCAACAUAGGUUUUUUUAUAUAUUUGAAAUGGGGAAAUAACCGGGAAUGAUGCUUCAUUUCUUUAUUGCUUUGUAUUAUGUUGCUUACUGAACGUACCCCCGCUAAAAAUAGAAUGAGAAUUAAUCGCAUAAGCAUACUGUGAAUUAGCCAAAGUCUCAGCGUUUUACUAGUCAUAUGCAAAGUAGAACGAGGUCGUCUGAACAAUGAACAUCUUUGUGAAGAUAUAAAAUGGUUAAUAAAGAGCCUCAAAUAUGAGGUCCAGAAUAUAAACAAUAUGCCAAGACUAGCAAAAAGAUAAACAUAUAUGAAAACCGUAGCACUUGCCAAAUACACAACACAACACACAACACAAUCUUUUGUUGUUGUUGUAAUGAUCCAUCAAGCAAGCAUGAUCAUGGGAAGAGUGACCAGACACAGACAAAGAUAAUCCCACAGCUAAACAGAACAGACAGGUUAUUCAUGGUAAUUCCAGUUCUCCAACUGGUUCAUUUGCAAUCUUUGCCAAGCAUGUAGCUGCUGAGUGUUCACAUCACUUGAAUACAUAACCUCUAGACAUGCCAGUAGAUAGCUAGGAGGUCA